AUGGAGAGGUCUUUCCUGCUGGCGGUGGUGCUGGCGGUGCUGCUGUCGGCAGCGCAGCAGGCGUCAUCUGCUCGAGUGCCUUCGAGAAGGCAAAGAGGACCAGGUUUGGCUGCUAUGCAUAAUUUGCACCAACUCCCAUCGCACAGUAGGAUGGUGCUCGAUGAAUCCUUGUCACUGGGCAGACCAGCACCAGCUCCAGCUUCAGACGAUGACGAUGAUGCGGGCAUGGUGCAAGACUGCCCAGACAUGCGCACUACGGAUGGGGUGCCUCCAAGCGCAGAGUAUUCAGGCGACAAUGCUGUCGUGACAUACUACAAUCCCCAGGACUCGCUGUCCUUUUUGGUCGACUACUGUUCCAGGCCAAGCACAGGUUGUGGCAAGGAUGCAGCCAAUGCCUUUUGCGAGCGGCAAGGCUUCGAUUACGCCCUCUUCUAUUCCAAGGACAGCAACGCAGGAUUCCACUGUCGGCCCACGCGAUACACGAACGACCCGGGACUGUUUUGCAAGUGCAGCAAAGAGGAGGACUGCACGUGUGACGGCUUCCGGUACAUCACGUGUGCAGAGCAGUAG